GAGACACUGCUUUGCAUGCUGGGAGACGGUAUCAGCCGAUUCGUCGUCUGUUCUCCUGUUCUCCAUCUUCUUCAGUGUUCUAGGGCCGGAGGAAAAAUGGCUCAACUUUCCGUUCGUUUGGCUUCUGCCUUAGCAAAGCAAUUAUCCGUUGCUGCCCCUCAGAUUUCAUGGCCUGCUGCCCAAGUAGCCAGCCGCAAACUUCAUGUAUCAUGCAGUCAGCGAGCGGCUGAGAUAUCUUCCAUUCUUGAAGACCGAAUUUUGGGAAAUGCGCCUAAGGCUGACCUUGAAGAAACUGGCAGAGUACUCAGCAUUGGUGAUGGUAUCGCCCGUGUUUAUGGACUCAAGAACAUUCAGGCCGAUGAGAUGGUGGAAUUCUCCUCCGGACUGAAGGGUAUGGCCCUUAACUUGGAGCCUGAUAAUGUGGGUGUGGUAGUGUUUGGUAAUGACAAGCUCAUCAAGGAGGGAGACAUUGUCAAGCGAACUGGUGCUAUCGUAGAUGUGCCUGUUGGUGAGGACUUGUUGGGGCGUGUCGUAGACGCUCUGGGUAACACCAUUGACGGCAAGGGACCUCUUAAGGGAACUACCAGGGCUCGAGUGGGAGUGAAGGCACCUGGAAUCAUCCCCCGUAUCUCUGUGAGGGAGCCCAUGCAGACAGGUAUCAAGGCUGUCGACUCUCUUGUGCCCAUUGGCCGAGGACAACGAGAACUCAUCAUUGGUGACAGGCAGACUGGUAAGACUGCUCUGGCCAUUGACACCAUCAUCAACCAACAGAGGUUUAACAACGCCGAAGACGAGAAGAAGAAGCUAUACUGUAUUUACGUAGCUAUUGGCCAGAAACGAUCCACUGUUGCCCAAAUUGUGAAGCGACUCACAGAUUCUGGUUCCAUGAAGUAUACCAUCAUUGUAUCUGCCACUGCCUCCGAUGCUGCUCCCCUGCAGUACUUGGCUCCCUAUUCGGGUUGUGCCAUGGGUGAGUUCUUCCGUGAUAACGGAAAGCACGCACUCAUCAUCUACGACGACUUGUCCAAACAGGCCGUCGCUUACCGACAGAUGUCCCUGCUGCUGCGACGACCCCCCGGCCGAGAGGCUUACCCCGGAGAUGUGUUCUACCUCCACUCCCGUCUGCUGGAACGAGCUGCCAAGAUGAGUGACACCAACGGUGGUGGUUCCCUCACAGCCCUUCCCGUCAUUGAAACUCAGGCCGGAGAUGUGUCCGCUUACAUUCCAACCAAUGUGAUCUCCAUCACAGACGGACAGAUCUUCUUGGAGACAGAAUUGUUCUACAAGGGUAUCCGGCCAGCCAUCAACGUGGGUCUGUCUGUGUCACGUGUAGGAUCUGCUGCACAGACACGUGCCAUGAAGCAGGUGGCCGGAUCCAUGAAAUUGGAGUUGGCCCAGUACCGUGAAGUGGCUGCAUUCGCCCAGUUCGGUUCUGAUCUGGACGCCGCUACCCAGCAGCUGCUCAACCGUGGUGUGCGACUCACUGAGCUGCUCAAGCAAGGCCAAUACGUACCCAUGGCUAUUGAGGAGCAGGUGGCUGUCAUCUACUGUGGUGUCCGAGGUCAUCUGGACAAGCUGGACCCUGCCAAGAUCACUGCCUUCGAGAAGGAGUUCCUUGCCCACAUCAAGGCAUCCCACAAGGACAUUCUGGCAAACAUCGCCAAGGAGGGCAAGAUCACCGAGGACACAGAUGCCAAGCUGAAGGGCAUUGUCCAGUCCUUCAUCUCCAGCUUCACUGGAUCAUAAACACUCCCUUUAGGCCUAGUAGUAAUUUAUGUCCACUAAUAAACUACGAUAUUAUGUAAAUGAGUACUGGAGAACAGACGACGAAAACGUAUUUAACUUUAAAGCCACUGAUUUUAAUAGAUGGCCUAUUAAUACAACUCAUUUAAAGUGUAUGGUUGAGCUGUUUUAUUCUUAUUUCAUUUUUGUAUUACUUUAAAAAUAAGAGGUACUUACCUCAUGUAAUUGCUUUACCUCUGAUGUAUUAUAUACAUGAGCUAUUUCAUAUGUUAUCAUAUUUUUGUUAAUAAAAUCGUAAUUUGUCCCUGAAAUUUAUUGGUGGAUAAAACAUUCGGAGCUAAUACCAUGAAAAGUUUUUGUUACAUAAAAACAUUUUAAAUUA